AUGUCCGACUUGAAGCCUCUCACCAUGUUCGGCUCCGGGCAGCAGACAGGCCUCUCCACGCCUCGCUCUGCCGCGAACUUGCGCCCCCUCAUCCUCACCCACGGCUCGCUCGAAUAUACGCUCCUCAUCCCGACCGCCCUCCAUUUCAACGCCCAGCAGCUGAAGGACACUUUCAAGCUCACCCUUCCCGAGCCCACAGACGAACUCGCCCAGGAUGACGAGCCCUCAUCGAUACCCGAACUGGUGGCGCGGUUCAUGGGCUUUGUAGCCCGAGAAGUAGAGGAGGGCGAAGACCCCGAAUCAUUCGAGGAAGUGCUCAAACUCAUCAUCACCGAGUUUGAGCGCGCCUUCCUCCGCGGCAAUGAGGUGCACGCCCUGGCUGCAUCUCUGCCUGGCAUCACCGAGAAGAAGCUCGUCACAGUCCGGUCGUACUACGCGGCACGUUCGGCAGUAGAGCGGCCGCUCAAGAUGCACGAUUCAGCUCUGUGGCGCGAAGCCGACGACGGCAACGCUGUCAUCUAUGCUGUGCUGGGUGGCCAGGGCAACAUCGAGGAGUACUUUGAUGAACUCCGCGAAAUCUACAACACCUACACCCCGUUCGUCGAGGACUUCAUCGCGGCCGAAGCACAGCAUCUCCUGCAAUUGUCUCGAGACCCGCGGGCUGAGAAGCUCUACUCCAAGGGUCUCGAUGUCAUGCGAUGGCUCAACAACCGCGAGUCGCAGCCCGACACUGAAUACCUUGUCUCAGCGCCAGUCAGUUUGCCCUUGAUUGGGUUGACUCAGCUUGCGCAUUUCAUUGUCACUACGAGGGUGCUCGGAGGACAUCCAGGGAACGUUCGCAAGCGCUUCGCUGGUGUUACAGGACAUUCCCAGGGUGUAGUCACAGCUGCGGCCAUUGCCCAAGCCAAGAACUGGGCGACUUUUCAAGAAUCCUCAAAGAAGGCCAUUGAAAUUUUGUUCUGGAUCGGUACUCGCAGCCAGCAGGCUUUCCCACGCACAUCGCUUGCGCCGUCAGUUCUGCAGGACUCGAUGGACAACGGUGAAGGCACCCCAACGCCCAUGCUUUCCAUCCGUGACCUCUCAAGGAAAGCAGUGCAAGACCAUAUUGAUGCGACCAACGCGCAUUUGCCACAAGACAGGCACAUUGCCAUCUCCCUCGUGAACAGCGCCCGCAACUUCGUCGUGACUGGACCUCCCAUCUCGCUCUACGGUCUCAACCUCCGUCUGCGAAAGAACAAGGCUCCCACUGGUCUCGACCAGACCAGAAUCCCCUUCACUGAGCGCAAGGUCCGCUUCGUCAACCGUUUCCUGCCCAUCACUGCCCCCUUCCAUAGCCAAUACUUGACCGAGGCGGCGAAGCAGCUAGAAGACGACCUGAAGGACAUCAAGAUUCCUGCAAGCGAUCUGGGCAUUCCGAUGUACGACACCCACACGGGCAAGGACAUCCGAGAUGACGGCUCCGACAACAUUGUGCCCCGCCUUGUGCGCAUGAUUACUUCGGACUCAGUCGAGUGGGAGAAGGCGACAGUCUUUCCCAAAGCGACGCACAUUCUAGAUUUCGGCCCUGGUGGCAUUUCUGGCCUAGGUGUUCUGACCAACCGUAACAAGGAUGGAACGGGAGUUCGCGUCAUCCUUGCGGGAGCCAUCGACGGCCAAAAUCCUGAAGUUGGCUACAAGCCCGAGAUCUUCGACCGGGAUUCUGAGCAUGCGGUCAAGUAUGCAGUUGACUGGGUCAAGGAUCACGGUCCACGUCUUGUUAAGACGUCCACUGGUCAGACUUAUGUCGACACCAAGAUGAGCAGGAUGCUGGGUCUGCCACCAGUCAUGGUCGCUGGUAUGACACCAUGCACGGUGCCAUGGGACUUUGUUGCUGCCACCAUGAACGCUGGCUACGAGAUCGAACUUGCUGGCGGUGGUUAUUAUAACGAGAAGACCAUGACCGCUGCGAUCACCAAGAUCGAGAAGGCCAUCCCUGCUGGACGCGGUAUCACCGUCAACUUGAUCUACGUCAACCCUCGUGCCAUGGCAUGGCAGAUCCCCCUUCUGGCAAAGCUUCGUGCCGAAGGCGUGCCCAUCGAAGGCCUCACCAUCGGUGCUGGUGUUCCAUCUAUUGAGGUUGCGAACGAGUACAUUGAGACUCUCGGCAUCAAGCACAUUGCUUUCAAGCCUGGUUCGGUCGAGGCCAUUCAGGCGACCAUCAACAUUGCAAAGGCAAACCCGCAUUUCCCCGUCUUGCUUCAGUGGACCGGUGGUCGUGGUGGAGGUCAUCACUCGUUCGAGGAUUUCCACCAGCCUAUCCUGCAGAUGUACAGCCGUCUCCGCAAGUGCGACAACCUGAUUUUGGUCGCCGGCUCUGGUUUCGGUGGCUCAGAGGACACCUACCCAUACCUCACUGGUGCCUGGUCAACUCGCUUCGGCUACCCUCCCAUGCCAUAUGACGGUUGCCUCUUUGGUAGCCGUGUCAUGACCUCCAAGGAAUGCCACACCUCGAAGAUGGCCAAACAGGCCAUCGUCGAAGCGCCCGGUCUUGAUGACAGUGACUGGGAGAAGACAUACAAGGGCCCUGCUGGAGGUGUCAUUACCGUGCGCUCCGAGAUGGGCGAGCCAAUUCACAAGCUUGCCACCCGCGGUGUUAUCUUCUGGCACGAAAUGGACCAGAAGAUCUUCAGCUUGAAGAAGGAGAAACGCAUUCCUGAGCUCAAGAAGAUGCGCGAGUACAUCAUCGACAAGUUGAACAAGGACUUCCAAAAGGUCUGGUUCGGCAGGAACAAGAAGGGCGAAUCUGUCGACCUCGAGGAUAUGACCUACACUGAGGUCGUACAGCGUAUGGUCGAUCUCAUGUAUGUCAAGCACCAAACUCGCUGGAUCGACCAAAGCUUGAAGAGGUUGACUGGCGACUUCAUCCGCCGUCUUGAGGAACGCUUCAGCAAGUCGAGCAAUGAGUCUCUCAUCCAGAGCUACGAAGAGCUCAACGACCCAUACCCAACCAUCCAGAAAGUCUUCGAAGCCUACCCAGAGGCUGACCACCAGUUGAUCAACGCUCAGGAUGUCCAGCAUUUCCUCUUGCUGUGCCAGCGCCGUGGACAAAAGCCUGUGCCUUUUGUCCCCGUUCUUGACGACACCUUUGAGUUCUUUUUCAAGAAGGAUUCACUUUGGCAGUCGGAGGACUUGGACGCCGUCGUUGACCAGGACGUCGGCAGGACAUGCAUCCUGCAAGGGCCGAUGGCUGUCAAGUACUCUACCAAGGUCGAUGAGCCGAUCAAGGAGAUCCUCGACGGCGUGCACCAGGGCCACAUCCAAAACCUCCUGCGCGAUGUGUACGGAGGGGAUGAGUCCCAGGUGCCGGUCAUUGAAUACUUUGGUAGCAACCUCCUGGGCAUAUCAGAAGGCGUAGAAGUCGACGGCCUUACCGUUUCGCAGCUCGAAACCAAGACCAUCUACCGCCUGUCAGCUGCGCCCAAUGUCACCAUGCCAGAGGCUCACGCAUGGCUCCAGCUGCUGGCUGGAUCCACAUACUCGUGGAGGCACGCAUUCUUCACCACCGAUAUUUUUGUGCAAGGUCAACGCUUCCAGUCCAACCCCACCGCAAGAAUCUUCGCACCCACACCAGGCAUGCUUGUAGAGAUCAACAACCCCAACGAGCCGGCGAAGACUACCAUUCUCUUGAAGGAACUUCACUCCAACGGCAAACUGAUCAAGACGGUCGAGGUCAGCUUGACGGGCGACAGUGAGAUUCUGCUCAACAUGUACGAGGAGCGCACUGCUCUGAAGCAGCCCAUUGCCCUGCCGUUCCGCUUCACCUACCGUCCAGACAUUGGGUAUGCUCCCAUCCACGAGGUUAUGGAGUCCCGAAACGACCGCAUCAAGGACUUCUACUUCAAGAUCUGGUUCGGUGACGAGGCAUGCCCAUAUGAUGCAGACGUGGCCUCUCGUUUCGAUGGUGGUCGCGCUACUGUCACAAGUGAGGCCAUCAACGACUUUGUUCAUGCCGUCGGCAACACAGGCGAAGCGUUUGUCGACCGUCCUGGCAAGGAGGUCUUCGCCCCCAUGGACUUUGCCAUUGUUGUUGGAUGGAAGGCCAUCACCAAGCCCAUCUUCCCUCGCGCGAUUGACGGUGAUCUGCUGAAGCUUGUUCAUCUCUCCAACGGCUUCCGCAUGCUCCCCGGUGCCGAGCCGCUCAAGAAGGGUGACGUGGUCGACACCACCGCUCAGAUCAACGCUGUCAUCAACCAAGAAUCCGGCAAGAUGGUCGAGGUCUGCGGUACCAUUACCCGUAAGGGAGAGCCUGUGAUGGAGGUUACCAGCCAGUUCCUGUACCGUGGCGCAUACGAUGACUUUGAGAACACCUUCCAGAGGAAGAACGAGAAGAUGAUGCAGCUUCACCUUGCCACCAGCAAGGAUGUCGCGAUCCUGCGAUCAAAGGAGUGGUUCAACUUCGAGGAGCCAGACAUUGAUCUACUGAACAAGACCUUGAUGUUCAAGUUGGAGACAUUCUUACGAUACAAGAACAAGACGGCCUUCUCACAGAUUGAGACCAUCGGCGAGGUUCUCCUUGAGCUACCGACCAAGGAAAUCAUCACUAUUGCUUCCGUCAACUACCAGUCAGGUACUGCCUUCGGAAACCCCGUCAUGGACUACUUGCAGCGCAACGGUGCGGCCAUUGACCAGGCCGUGCUGUUCGAGAACCCAAUUCCGCUGCACGGCAAGACUCCUUUGAGCCUGAAAGCCCCUGCGUCGAACGAAAACUACGCUCGCGUGUCUGGUGAUUACAAUCCUAUUCACGUGUCUCGCGUCUUCGCAAGCUAUGCCAACCUCCCUGGUACCAUCACCCACGGCAUGUACUCCAGUGCUGCCGUCCGCAGUUUGGUUGAGACAUGGGCUGCCGAGAAACAACAUCGGCCGCAUGAUAUGCUCGAUGUCAAGCUCCAGCACACUGGUAUGGUUUCUGGUCGCAAGAUCAUCAAGAUUGAAGUCAGCAACAAGGAGACAGAAGACAAGGUCCUUCUCGGUGAGGCCGAGGUUGAGCAGCCUACCACCUCUUAUGUAUUCACCGGACAAGGAUCGCAGGAGCAAGGCAUGGGUAUGAACUUGUACGACAGCAGUCCUGUCGCACAGGAGGUCUGGGAUCGUGCCGACAAGCACUUCAUGGACAACUAUGGCUUCGCCAUCACCAACAUUGUGAGGAACAACCCGAAGGAGCUUACCAUUCACUUUGGUGGACCCGUCGGAAAGGCCAUUCGCCAGAAUUACAUGUCCAUGACCUUCGAGACAGUAGCUGCCGAUGGUACCAUCAAGUCGGAGAAGAUCUUUAAGGAGAUUGACGAGAACACUACCUCGUACACUUACCGGUCGCCAACUGGUCUCCUGUCAGCCACGCAGUUUACACAGCCUGCUCUCACCCUAAUGGAGAAGGCGUCGUUUGAAGACAUGCGCGCCAAGGGUCUCGUCCAACGUGACAGCACCUUUGCAGGCCACUCUCUCGGAGAGUAUUCUGCCCUUGCUGCGCUGGCUGAAGUAAUGCCGAUUGAAAGUUUGGUGUCGGUUGUGUUCUACCGUGGUCUCACUAUGCAAGUCGCAGUCGAGCGCGACGAGGCUGGACGAUCCAACUACUCCAUGUGCGCUGUCAACCCGAGCCGUAUCUCGAAGACUUUCAAUGAACAGGCGCUACAGUAUGUCGUCGAGAACAUUGCCGAGCAGACGGGAUGGCUCUUGGAGAUUGUCAACUACAACAUUGCCAACAUGCAGUACGUUGCUGCUGGUGACCUCCGCGCGCUUGACUGCCUGACCAACGUCACCAACUACCUCAAGCAGCAGAAGAUCGACAUCCAAGAGCUCAUGCAGAGCAUGUCGCUUGAGGACGUGAAAGCGCAUCUUGUUGAGAUCAUCAAGGGCUGCGCAGAGCAGACUGAGGCCAAGCCCAAGCCUAUCGACCUCCAGCGUGGAUUUGCCACAAUCCCCCUGAAGGGCAUCGACGUGCCAUUCCACAGCACUUUCUUGCGAUCUGGCGUCAAGCCCUUCCGAAGCUUCUUGCUGAAGAAGAUCCACAAGACAUCCAUCGAUCCCUCAAAGCUGGUCGGAAAGUACAUUCCGAACGUCACGGCCAAGCCAUUUGCGCUCACUAAGGAGUACUUUGAGGAUGUGUACAGGCUGACGAACUCGCCCAAGAUUGGCAACAUUUUGGCGAACUGGGAAAAGUACGAAGAAAAGGAGGAGAAGACGGAGACCGAAGUCGCAGCUUAG